GGGAGUUGGGACGGCAGCGGCUGAUGCUAACCGGAGCAAUGUGGCAGCUGCCGUGCAUAAAAGUGAUGGGGCUGAGGGGCUACAGGGCUCACCAUGAAGUCCGGCGGGGGUGCUGCAUCCGACCUGGAGGAGUUGGAGAGUGGCAGCAGCGAGAGCAGCUCCGGGAGAUCUGUGCCUUCCGCCGGGGCCCAAGGCAAGCGCAAGCGGAAGAGCCCCCGCCUGAGCGGCCUGAGCAAGCAGAGGCAGGCGGCCAAUGCCCGGGAGAGGGACAGGACCCACAGCGUCAACACCGCCUUCAGUGCCCUCCGCACCCUCAUCCCCACUGAGCCUGCUGACCGCAAGCUGUCCAAGAUUGAGACCUUGCGCCUGGCUUCGAGCUACAUCUCCCACCUGGCCAAUAUGCUGCUCUUACAGCAACAAAGCGAGGGCUCAGGAGCAGAGCCGGGUCCGGGGAAGCAGCCCUGCUUGCAAUACCAGCCUCUCCUGCAGGGCGGCGGCAACGCAGCAGUGCCAAGACCAAUCUGCACCUUCUGUCUGAGCAACCAGAGGAAACUGCACAGAGAAAGGGAGAAACACUUGUCUCUUUAACAGUUUUAUGGACAGUGAUUCAGAUGAGAAGCUUGCACAAGUGCUGACUGGCUAUGGAACAGUCGUAGGUAAC